AUGGCCCCCGCUGUCCUCCACCGCGUCCUCCACGGCACUACGACCCCCUCCCCUUCCCAACACUCCCGUCUCACUAUCUCCCCCGCCCUCCUCCCCGGCUUCAACCGCCACAAGGUCCGCAACGCCGACUACCCCUGCAUCAUCCCGUUCGCGGUCGAGCGGGCGCACCUCGGGGCCGAUUCGCUGGCGUUCGUGGAGAGAGAGGUGCGGGGGACCGUGGUGCGGGGAUUGACUGCGCGGGAUGUGGAGCUGUUAGAUAUAUUUGAGGGGGAGGAGUAUGAGCGGCGGAUGGUGAGUGUCCGGUUGCUUGGAGGGGAGGACGCGGGCGUGGUUGAGGAGUUGGUGGGGGUGGAUGAGGGGCAAGGAGAGGAGGGGGAGGUGGUUGAGGCGGAGACGUACGUGUUUGUCGCUGGCGUGGAGCAACUGGACUUGGGGGAGUGGGAUUUUGAUGCCUUUGUGAGGGAGAAGAUGCGGAGGUGGUUGGGGGAAGCGCUCGAAGAGGGUAUAGCCGAUGUUGAUGAACACCUCCGCGCUGAAGAUCCAACGAGAGGGAGAAUGACGAACGGCGCGAUUACCAAGGCUCUGGAAGAGUCUAGGGGGAAGAGGGAAGGAGUAGAUGGGAGCACUGGAGUGAGAUCAUUGCACGACAGCACAUCGUACGCUAUUCAAUGA